AUGGCAACAAACAUCUCGGGCGAGUUGUCCGAAACUUCUAAGGACGCGUUGAAGUUCCACCACCCAUACACGCCUUACGAUGUACAGCUUGAGUUCAUGAAAGCCACAUAUGAUGUCCUACAGGAAGGUAAUGGUCAAGUCGGCAUCCUGGAAAGUCCGACUGGCACAGGAAAAUCAUUGUCCCUGAUUUGCGCCGCUGUCACCUGGCUACGCAACCAGAAAAGGGGACAAUUUGAAGAAUCCCUGCAAGUAGACCGAGAUCAGUUCAAAAAUGAACCAGAUUGGAUGAUCGAUCAAAUGCUUCGAAGGAAACGCGAUGACCUCGUGCGUCGUUGGGAGGAGCGAGAGGGCCGACUUACAAAGAUCCGCAUGAAAGAGAAGUCGAUGGAACAACGGGCUGCGAUCAAACGAAGGCGCCUGGAAAACCCAAACAUGAAAGGUCUUGAUAAAGACGAAGAAGAUGAGUUUCUUCUUGACAACUGGAACAGUCAAGACGUCGACGAAAACGGCUCUCUUGCUACUUUCAGCAAGGAAACUCAGGCUCUACUGGAGAAGGUUGGACUCGGCGCACCGAAAUCCCAAGAUCCCGACGAUAGUGAGCCCGAUGACGAGAUCAAAUUUCGAGACACCGCUUUGGCGACACUCCCUGAUAUCGAAGAUAUGCACCAAGUCGGUAAAACUCUCCAGGUCUGUCCAUAUUAUGCAUCACGUACGGCAAUACCCGGUGCAGAGAUCAUCACCUUGCCGUAUCCGCUACUUCUACAAAAGUCUGCCCGAGACGCGCUAGGUAUCAAGCUCGAAGGAAACGUUGUUAUCAUUGAUGAGGCACACAACAUCAUGGAUGCUGUUGCCAAUGUGGCGAUCAUGGUAUUGUCGAUCCCAAUGCUCUACUGGAAACGAAAGGCAUUGAUCAAAUUGAUUUGUUCGAACUGA